AUGUUUAGUCCGGGGCAAAAAACGUUCAAGAUCCUGUGCCGCGCCGACGAGGGGUACUGCGUCACCGUCCGCGGCGGAGACGAUGGCGAUGCCGCCGUGGUCAUGGCGGCAGCAGACCCCGACGACGAGUACCAGCACUGGUACAAGGACAUGAGGCGCAGCACGAGGGUGAAGGACGAGGAGGGGUACCCGGCGUUCGCGCUCGUCAACAAGGCCACCGGGCUCGCCAUCAAGCACUCGCUCGGCCAGUCCCAUCCCGUCGAUCUGGUGCCGUACGAGUAUGACCCAGCGGUGAUGGACCUGUCGGUGCUGUGGACGCAGAGCAGGGACGUCGGCGACGGCUUCCGCUGCAUCCGCAUGGUCAGCAACAUUUACCUCAACUUUGACGCCUUCGAGGGCGAGCCGGAGCUUCAGGACGGCACCAUUGUCGGGCUGUGGGAGUGGAACGAGGGAGGGAACCAGUGCUGGAAGAUCCUACCGUGGGGCACCGAUGCCGACGCUCCACCACCUGCAGCAGCCGACGGCGACGACGACCAGUACGGCGGGUACCACGGCGGCCAGGACCAGGAGACUACGCGUUUCAGCUACGGCGGAGACGAUGCGGCGCCACAGGACCAAGGCCAAGGGUACGACGGUGGCUUGCCUCCUGCGCUGUCUUCCGAGUGCACCGUCCGCAUCUUCUGCAGCGCCGGCGGCGAGGACUACAGCGUCGCCGCGAGGGACGGUACCGUGUGCCUCGCUCCUACCGACCCCGGCGACGACUCGCAGCACUGGGUGAAGGACAUGCGGCGCAGCACCAGCAUCAAGGACGAGGAUGGGUACCCUGCGUUCGCCCUGGUGAACAAGCUCACCGGCGAAGCCAUCAAGCAUUCCCUUGGAGAGAGCCACCCUGUUCGGCUUGUGCGCUACGACCCGAACUACCUGGACGAGUCGGUGCUGUGGACAGAGAGCGAGGACGUCGGCGACGGCUUCCGCUGCGUCCGCAUGGUGAACAACAUCCGCCUCAACUUUGACGCCCUCGACGCCGGCGAGGGCCAGAGCGGCGUGCACGACGGCACGGCUAUCGUCCUGUGGGAGUGGUGUGAAGGAGAGAACCAACGCUGGAAGAUCCUUCCUUGGUGUGAGUAA